AUGGAACGAACACCAACGCUUGAGAGAAAGCUCUGCAUUUAAAACGCCCAGAGAAGAAUCAGCAACUACCGUACCUCGUUUUUUCUUUCAUCUUCCUCCUAUUUUCCUUACCAGUACGGCGUUGUCAUGACGAAUGCACAGGUUGCCUGGGAUCGUUGACUGCCAAUAAGUGAAUAUUCUUUCAGUACUUCCCUCCUAUACAAGCACAGUUUUUUUCGCGUGCGAUUUUUUGGGGGAUACCGUUUGGAUCCUAGGCUAAAAUAAACCAGAUCCACGUUUGCCCGCCUGCAUGUUGUCAGCAAGAUUAUUGCGUUGGCUAUGUAGUGUAAUGUAGACAGGUAUCUGCAUAGUGUUAAUCUCUGUGUUCCGCUACCUUCUUAAGUGGAUUGCACAUCACCAGUCAACGAUUUCUUCCUCCUCCGACCUCGGGUGCUGUGGACUCAGAGGAAACAUGGGACUGCCUGCUCUGGAGUUUAGUGAUUGCUAUCUGGACAGUCCACAGUUCCGAGACAGAUUAAAGUCUCACGAACUGGAACUGGACAAAACCAACAAAUUCAUCAAAGAACUAAUCAAAGAUGGGAAGGCGCUCAUCCAAGCAUUGAAAAAUCUGUCCACGGCCAAGAGGAAAUUUGCAGAGUCUCUCAACGAGUUUAAGUUCCAGUGCAUAGGAGACGCAGAAACGGAUGACGAGAUAUGUAUUGCAAAGUCUCUACAGGAGUUUGCUGGAGUGUUGCAGAACCUGGAGGAUGAGAGAACACGGAUGAUUGAAAAUGCCAAUGAUGUGCUGAUCAUGCCGCUGGAGCGCUUCAGGAAGGAGCAGAUCAGUGCUGCCAAGGAAGCCAAGAAGAAAUACGACAAAGAGACAGAGAAGUACUGUGCUGUACUGGAGAAGCACCUGAGUCUAUCAGCAAAGAAGAAAGAAGCACAUCUCCAUGAAGCAGACAGUCAGGUGGACCACGUGCGGCAGCAUUUCUAUGAGGUGUCUCUGGAGUACGUGUUCAAGGUGCAGGAAGUCCAGGAGAGGAAGAUGUUUGACUUUGUAGAGCCGUUGCUGGCAUUCCUUCAGGGGCUGUUUACUUACUACCAUCAUGGGUACGAACUGGCCAAAGACUUCAACCACUUCAAGACAGACCUCACCAUCAGCAUUCAGAAUACGCGGAACCGUUUUGAAAGCACCCGGUCUGAGGUGGAGUGUCUGAUGAGGAAGAUGAAGGAGAACCCCCAUGAACACAAGAGCAUCAGCCAUGACACCAUGGAGGGAUACCUGUUUGUACAGGAGAAACGUUCUUUUGUGUCAACCUGGGUCAAGUACUACUGCACCUACCAUCGAGAGCCCAAACGAGUCACCAUGGUCCUGUUUGACCAGAAGUCUGGAGGCAAAGUGGGAGAGGAGGAGAGCUUCACUCUGAAGUCCUGCACAAGGCGGAAGACGGACUCUAUAGAGAAGAGGUUCUGUUUUGAUGUGGAGGGCGUAGACAGGUCGGGGGUGAUCACCAUGCAGGCUCUAUCGGAGGAAGACCGUAGGCUGUGGAUGGAGGCAAUGGAUGGGAGAGAACCGGUCUAUAACUUAAACAGAGACAGCCAGAGUGAAGGCAUGGUCCAGCUGGACGUGGUUGGCUUCAACGUUGUGAAGAAGUUCAUCUAUGCUGUGGAGACCAGAGGCAUCGAUGAGCAGGGUCUGUACAGGAUUGUUGGGGUGAACUCCAGAGUACAGAACCUACUGGGUCUUGCCAUGGAUCCUAAAACCUGUGCUGACGUGGAGCUGGACAGUACAGAAUGGGAGAUCAAGACCAUCACCAGUGCAAUCAAGUUCUACCUCAGGUACGGUACUGUGAAGUUCUACCUCAGGUACGGUACUGUGAAGUUCUACCUCAGGUACGGUACUGUGAAGUUCUACCUCAGGUACGGUACUGUGAAGUUCUACCUCAGGUACGGUACUGUGAUGUUCUACCUCAAGUACGGUACUGUGAAGUUCUACCUCAGGUACGGUACUGUGAAGUUCUACCUCAGGUACGGUACUGUGAAGUUCUACCUCAGGUACGGUACUGUGAAGUUCUACCUCAGGUACGGUACUGUGAAGUUCUACCUCAGGUACGGUACUGUGAAGUUCUACCUCAGGUCCAGUCCUGGAGAUGACUGA